UUAUCCAAAAGGAAACGCAAAAGACGAAGGGAGUGGAUAUAUUUCAAUGUAUGUGGAGAUUGAUAGCACAAACCUCUUGUCAACGCCACUAACUGAUGUGGUUGCAUGUCUCAUAUUCUUUGUUUACAACAAGAAAACAGACAAAUACUUUACUAUUAGAGAUACAGAAGUGAAGCGGUUCAAUGCAUUGAGAACAGUCUGGGGAUUGUCUCAAGUCCUUUCGCUCGAAACUUUCAAUGACCCUAAAAACGGAUAUAUCUUCGAGGGAGAUCAAUGUGAAUUUGGUGUUGAUGUCUUGGUUGCUCCAUCCCUUACUAAAUGGGAAGUCGUGUCCUUUAAUCAGAAAAUCUCUAAUCCCAAGUUCUCGUGGACUCUCAAGAAAUUUAAAGAGUUAAAAGAGGAAUUUUACGACUCAGUAAAGUUUUUAGUAGGAGGAAGGCAAUGGUUUCUAAAGGUGUAUCCUAAGGGUGAUAUUAGAGCACGAGACAAGUCGUUAUCCAUUUAUUUGUUCUUAAGUAAGAGUGAAACACUCAACGCAGAGGAGAAAAUCUACACGCGAGUACAUGUUAGACUUUUAGAUCCUCUUGGAUCCACUCAUCACGUCGCUUGGACAUUGACCUACUGGUACACAAAGCAAAACACAGGCUAUGGCUGGGAUAAAUUUGCGUCUUUAGAUAAACUCCGGGCGCAGUACUUGGACAAUGAGGGUUCUUUGAAUAUAGAGAUUGAAUUUGCAGUUGUUUCAAGCACCAAAUACUCUCCCAGUGUCUAAAUUCUGCUUUAGAAAAAACAAUUCUAUAUCUACUAUUUAUCUAUUGUGAUACAAUACAAUGCAGUGUUUUCAUAAUGGCUUAUUGAG